CAUAUCCCCGAUCCAAAACCCAACCAGUUAGCUACGAAAACACCUAAAAUUCCCCAGAGAGCAAUCCUUCGGUAUCUCGAGGGCAUCAAUGGCUGCCUCCUCUCUUCGAACUCGGAGCUUCUCCAUUGCUCGCCUCGUCGCACCGAGCUCGGCUCAAAUCUCUCAUCAGACGACCAGAUCUCUCUCCUCGGACGCGCUCGUCGAGAUCAAGCCCGGCGAGAUCGGGAUCGUUUCCGGGAUCCCUGAGGAGCAUCUCAAACGCAGGGUCAUUAUCUAUUCUCCAGCUCGAACAUCAUCUCAGCAGGGAUCCGGAAAAGUUGGAAAAUGGAAGAUCAAUUUUAUGUCGAUCCAAAAAUGGGAAAAUCCAUUGAUGGGAUGGACCUCCACAGGAGAUCCAUAUGCUAAUGUUGGUGAUGCUGGACUUGCUUUUGACAGUAAGGAAGCUGCAAAAGCAUUUGCUGAGAAGCAUGGUUGGGAUUAUAUGGUCAAGAAGCGCCACACUCCUGUUUUGAAGGUGAAAGCAUAUGCAGACAAUUUCAAGUGGAAGGCCCCCCCAAAAGCUGAGCAAGCUUAGGCCUUUCCCUCCAAAAGCAUUCGCCAAUCUUCAAGUUCCCAUGUUGUUUCAAUAACCAUCUGUGUCUUUUCAAUUUGCUCAUCUAAAACCUAAUGCAUGCAUGUCCAAAUCACAGAUCAAGCUGGACUUAUUCAAUAAAAUAUAAUUGAACACAUUACUAUUCUCUUUA